GUGACGACACUUCCCCCUCUCUUCUUGGAUUUAUCCCCGAAGUUUUUUUUCUCCUCUCCGAUCCAGGGCGCUGUGAAGUCAACUUUUCUUUCUGUAUCUUGCAGCUCAAAGUAAAAACACCACCAUGUCACCGCCGUCUCGACGGCUUCAGACGAAGCCAGUGAUUACCUGCCUGAAGACUUUCCUCAUCUCCUACAGCCUCAUAUUCUGGGUCACAGGCAUGAUCCUGCUGGCAGUCGGGGUGUGGGGGAAGGUGAGCCUGGAGGCCUAUUUCUCCCUGGCUUCUGAGGAGAGCACCAAUGCACCAUAUGUCCUCAUCGGGACCGGAGCCACCAUCGUUAUUUUUGGACUGUUUGGUUGCUUCGCUACAUGCCGUGGCAGCCCAUGGAUGCUCAAACUGUAUGCCAUGUUUUUGACCUUGGUGUUCCUGGCUGAGCUUGUGGCAGGCGUGUCAGGCUUUAUCUUCAGACAUGAGAUCAAAGCCAAAUUAGGUAUUGCCUUUGAAAAUGCAGUGAAGUCCUACAAUGGCACCGACAGCAGCAGCACUGCAGUUGACGGCAUCCAGAUUACUUUGCAUUGCUGCGGGGUGAGAAAUUACACUGACUGGAGCGAGACGGAUUACUUUAAAGCAAAGGGCAUCCCUGUCAGCUGCUGUAAAGACAACACCAAGUGCUCAGAGGAGACCCUGAAAGACAUCAACAAGGCUGGGAGUGAGGUGUACACAACAGGCUGCUUCGCCAAGGUGACUCAGGUGAUGGAGGCCAAUCUGGGGAUCAUCGCAGGGAUCUCCUUUGGGAUUGCAUUCUUCCAGCUCAUUGGGAUAUUCCUGGCCUGCUGCUUGUCUCGAUACAUCACCAACAACCAAUAUGAGAUGGUCUAACAGUGAUCUUCAACAGGUCACUGAUGGGCAGCUCCUGAGGAAAACUGAGUUAAAUGAAUCUCCUGUGAUUUUAAUAUUGUGUGUGCGUAUGUGUGUGUGAUAGUUAUUAUCAUCAUAGAGAGGGAAAAACACUUACUGCUUCUUAUUUUAUUCAAUCUCACCAAUGACAAACAAACAGAAGGGAAUCAUGUUGAAAAGUAAAGGGACCUGGACAUUUCAGAGAUCAGUGUUACUCCUGGGACUUAAUUAGGGAAUUACCAUCAAACAUAAAUGUCAUUACAUAGACGUUACUUUGUCAUUUCAGUUCAUUAACUCCUGUGUCUUUGUAUAAUGCAGCUGCCUUAUUUCGUAAUUUUGCUAUAAUUAGUGUGUAGUCUGUAGCAGAUGAAAUCUAGACAAUAAGCUGAUAAAUGUUCAACUUUCUCUGCAACACUAAGUGAAUUUCUGUGUGUGAAACCUGUUUAGCCCGAGAGGAAAGACGAGAGGUCGCCACCCUGAAAUCAAGUAUGUGUCAUUUACAGUAAAGACUCAAGAGCUGUGUGGAAAAAGAGCUUUGAUAUUGAUUGUGUAGGCCAGUAUUGUUGAAAGUCUGCGUCCACGUGUGCCAAUGACAGCAGCCCAGCCACUUUCAUGUCACAGUUUUCAGUGUUAAAUUGUUUAUUCUUUUGUGGAUGCAUGUGAAAUACUUGGAAAAAAAUAAAGAUAAACUCCAGUAUCUUUACCAAA